CCGCCAUGUCCACUGACGUUCCCUUAUGUCGUCAAACCUCUUCACCUCCAGUCAAGCCCAACGCCGUUCACCGAACGGAGUACAUGUGUCAACGAGCUUCCAGAAGCGAUCCACAAAAUCCUAUCGACACCGCUUCGCCUUGUCUGCAUGUCGAUAGUUUCAAGUUUAGCACUCUCGCCACCAUCAGCCUUAUGUGCGGGGAUGUUACCCAUGGUGUCUAGCCAAUCAAGUCUCGCAGAUCGGCAAAGGAUCAACAUGCUCCAAAACCCCGGAACAGUAACGCAACGGUCGUAUCACCCAACAUGUCUCCGAGAACCCUCCACGACUUGCGAACUUACUUCGAGGCUUCUCGUAUCUAGGGGACUCACCGAUAGAGUGCAAAUCGUUUCCUCAGCUCGUAUACUGCAUCGCUCGCAUUGCCCCGCACCCACCUCUUCACGACAUCGCAGUCCGACGAUCUUGCCGCCUUGCACCAGCGGACCUUCCGACCAUCCUGUGUCAGUCUUAAGUCCUUUCCCAGGUGAGGCGGUGAGAUCCGCGCGUGUUUCAAGCUCAUCUGGGCCUGCAUCGUCCAAAGUUGCGCUCCGUCAGGGAGGCAAGGUCACACAAACAGAAGAUAUUUUUGGUGUACGAUCGCUUACUCUGUGUGGUUUUCCAUGCCAGGGUACAGGCGUUAAGGCUGUGGUCCCCGAGGCCCAGAGACGGGCACGGCUUGUUUCAUGCGCAAAGCACAUGUAGUCAGACCAGGGGGAUGGGUGGGCUGGAGCUUGGGUCUCUGAUGGAGCACAGGGCAUCUUCGGUGAGGCACGGGUGAGAAACUCAAGGAUGAGGGCAACAUGAACCUAGCGGGGAAGAGCGGCCGCAGGAUUAUGGUCAACCUUCCCGCCUCUAGGAUGCAGGUUAGAGGGACAGGUAGCGGUUCCCGAAACCUGGAAUCAGUGAUUGGUACUGCGGUGCUGCCAUUCCAUCCAUCCUUUACAUGCAGCAUUUGGAUUCGUACCUCCAAUAU